GCGCGACUUCGGCGGCCCAGCUGGCGGCGCCAGCAGCGCGCUGGAAAACAGAAAGCCAAACCGGUCAUGGGAGGCUAGUUAACGACUGUGCACCACGCUUGUGAGUUCUGUUUUCUGGCGAAACAUUGGCGAUACAUUACGCGGACGCCGCGGGAGUAGCACGACGGCCAGCCGGUAUUUUAAAAGAUGGGAGCGUACUUGUCGGAGCCGAUUACGAAGAAGGAGUCGAGCGAUGAAGUGGGAAAAAACGUCGCGUACGGUGCGAGCUCCAUGCAGGGCUGGCGGAUCAGUCAGGAGGAUGCUCACAACUGUUGCAUAGAUUUUGAUGAGAAUGUUUCAUUGUUUGCUGUUUAUGAUGGUCAUGGAGGACAUGAGGUUGCGACGUAUUGUGCACGCAAUCUCCCUGAUUUUAUCAAACAGACAGAAGCUUAUAAGAAUGGCGAUAUUAGAAAAGCUUUAAUAGAUGCUUUCUUGGGUUUUGACAAAACUCUUACAAAACCAGAGGUAGUCAAUGUUCUCAAAGAACUUGCUGGGGCAACUACAUCAGAGAAGAAGGAGAGUGAUUUGAAUGAAUCUGAUGAAGAAGAGAAUGUUAAUAAUCUGUGUAUGGAGGCAACAAUGCCAUUGGAGCAAGUAAUGGCAAAGUAUCAGUCAGAAGUAUCCAAUCCUCAUUUAAAAAAUCUGAAAGGCGAGAAAUGCGGUAAGCGCGCAUUUGUGAGUCCUUACUUGAGGGGUCGAAGAGGACGUGAAAAAGCAAGUGGUUCAUCCUCUGGCGCGGGAUGUUCAUCGUCACCAUCACCGCCACCAACAUCAUCUUCAUCAUCCUUGUCUACAUUCGGCUGGAAUACCAAUGAAACAGAUGUGAGUAGUUCCAGCCAACCGUGUGGAUCGACUUUGUCCAGUACAGUAGAGCAAAAAGAUUCCGAUUGCCCGGGGAGCAAUGAAGCUGAACAAGUACUGGAUUCAACAACGAGCAACGGCAGCGCUCAUGCGUCUUCACCAGUGGUAUCUACUGCGGAUGUAGAACCUGUUAAAUUUAUGGAUAUGCCCGAUAGCUCCGAAGAUGUAAAAGAGAAAGUUUCGAGUCCUGGUAAGGUGGCACCAUGUGCGGAGUCUGCAAACGAGGUGGAAGUUAAUGGUGCGGAGUCGAAGAGGGUCGAAGAUGCGGACAGCAGUAAGGGUGGAGGAGAUAAUGUGUCCAGCAGUUCUUGUACCCCUGUAGAAAAUGGAGACGCAGGUCAGCAAGAACGGAUAACCAGCAGUGGUCGAAGAAGAACUCAACCUGUGGACCUUUAUCAGAGUCUAUUGAAAAAGGAUAGUGACGAUAGUGAAGAAGAUGACGACGAUGAUGAAAAUGAUGAAACUUUCGAUGGUAUCCCCGAAAGUGAUGGAGACGAUACGGAAGACGUUGAUGAAGACGAAAGUGAUGAAGAUGAUGAUGAAGUUGAGGAAGAAGAUAUAGAUAACUCUGACGAUGAUACUGACGAUGUCAUGGUAAACACUGAAAAGCCUGGUUCCGAUAGUGGAUGUACGGCAGUCGUAGCGAUACUCAAGGAAAACGAAUUGUAUGUGGCCAAUGCUGGAGAUUCUCGGUGUGUUCUAUGUAGGGACGGCCAGGCAAUCGAACUUAGUCUGGAUCAUAAACCUGAAGAUGCACCAGAAAUGGAACGUAUAGUAAAAGCAGGUGGAGAGGUGACGAGCGACGGCAGAGUGAAUGGCGGCCUCAAUCUUUCUAGAGCACUUGGCGAUCAUGCGUAACAAAAUAUGGUGUUACCACCACAGGAACAAAUGAUCUCGGCUCUGCCGGAUGUAAGGCAUAUUACGAUCGAUCCGGAGAAAGACGAAUUUAUGGUGCUCGCUUGUGAUGGCAUAUGGAACUUUAUGACCAGUCAAAACGUUGUUCAGUUUGUGCGCACUCGUUUGUCACAAAAUUAUGAAAAUAUUUCGAAAAUCUGCGAAGAACUUUUUGAUCAUUGUCUUGCACCGGACACUCUUGGCGAUGGAACAGGCUGCGAUAACAUGACUGCCGUAAUAGUUAAGUUUAAAUCGCCGGCAACUACAAUUGUUAAAAAUAACACAGUUGCUGAUGUAUGCGUUACGAAGAAACGAUCGGUCUCGCCAACCGCUGGGGAGGAAAGUAACGACUGCAUCCCGGAAGAAAAUACUGUAAACCCCUGUAAACGCGCUAAAACCGAGGCAGCUAUAUGAAUUAAGAGUCACCAUGCGUCAUGAACUGAUCUCCGGAAGAGGACGAAUGAAUGUGAGUUUAUGUAAAAUUAUGUAACAACUUUAUGUUACUAUGUAGAGCUGGAACCAAUUGGUUAAGCAGUAAUAGACAUGAAAUAGCGUAUAAGAUGUGUUAUUGGUCGUUGCUAACAGACUGCUGAAUUGGAGCACGUGGGAAUGAUAUAGUAUUUCCUUAAUAAUGCAUGAAUCAUUUCUCGAUUAUAAUACAAUAAAUUAUUAAAGGAAAUCUUCUAAGAUCGUAUUUUAUACAUAUGUAUUUAGUGUCAAAUAAUAUCGUUAAAUACGAUCUGUUUAAUACUGAAAUUUAUAUUAUUAUUGAGAAAUAAUUCAAUUGCAAAAUUAAUAAUAGAAAACAAUUUUGGUAGGGAAUUAAAAAUAAAGGGGCUUAUCUAUUUCUUCACAAGCAUUUAUAAAAGUACGACAAAUAAUAUGUACUCUUAAUAUAAAUGUACAAUCUUUUUUUAAUUUUGUAGAACUUAAUAUAUAUAUUACUGUAAGUUCUCUCUAAUAUAGUUCUAUAAUAUAACUUUAACAUUCUUUAAUAUACAAAUCUAAUUUCAUUAAUUAUUC